AUGGCAUCCCUGGAUUUCGAUCAGAAAUUCCUCGGUCGAAUAGCCAAACAAACAGCGGAAUCCAAUCCGUACCUCUCAGACGCGCUUUAUCAGAUAUUAGGUCUAUCGGUGCUGCUAUCACGAAGACUCAUCCGCGCCAGGAAGCUGCGCAAGCUGGAUACGAGUCGAGACACCCCAUCACUGGCAGCUUACCAGCACAUCUUAUGGCUUUCUCGCGAAGGGCUGUCAAUCUUAGAGCUUCACAUACUGCCAUACGCCCAGGACAAUCAACAUGGGCCGGAGUGUAGGGUUCUGAGCGUCAAGCUGCGCGCGAGUUUCUACCACAUCUUCUGCCUAUUCCACAAUCAUCCCCCCGUCACAGCAACGAACAUGGAAAGUACAGAUCCUCGAAUACCCGGCGCGCCUCCUAUACCUGCGUCACCGCAAAGGGGCAAUGGGCAAGGUCGCAAAAUGGAUGCUACAGGGCUGUCACCCCCAUCCAAACGCACAGGUAGACAGCCAGCUCUUCGAGAACCGGUCGAUUCGAUUGUGUCUGAGACAUCGUUCGUCACCAAUCCAUACUCAGCAGGCGGACCUGUCGGCACACCAUCACCAGGACCAACAAUCAACGCGCCUCCUGGACUCAAUCCUAUACCCAUCCCGCAACCAUCGUCAUUCAUCCUCCCGCCCCUGAACUUUGUUCCUUUAGCCAGUGGCUACUUUUCCACUGCUACUUCCUACGCGUCCUCAUUCCUCGUCGGAUCUCAUCCACUGCGACUGUCCGUGGCACUUGAACACAGCGCGUUCCUCUGGGACUGUCUUCACGAUCACGAAGCGUCACGACGCGUCGCCCGACGCGCCAUCAAAGACGUGUACCGCGCGCAAGAAGCAAUGGAUGACACCGAGUUCGAAGAUGCCGCAGAGCUGGUGAGCAUCUUGGGCAGAAUGAUGAAGCGCAAGAGCUGGGAAGGCACACCUCGAGUCGGGGGGAUGAGCAGCCCUGAACCCUCUGCACAAGACGGAGUUACACAGCGACCAGCAGACAGCAACAGAAACGGAGCACCCACCGCACCUGUCCAGCAAAACACCAGACGCGCAGCCGAAGGCCCCCCGAUAACCAUCACUCUCGCCCCACAAGACCAACCGCGAGGUAGUGAACGCAGCCGCUCAAACUCGACCAGCAAGCCCGCCGUCCCCCGGCCAAAAGAACCCAGCAGCCACGAAACCACACCGCGAUCAAACACGCACCGCCACACAGGCAGUAGCAGUCAAGACACCACACCGCGCACCCGACAAGCCAGUCAAGAAAGCCACGCAACCAGCACGCCCCGCGGUUCGUCGCGAACCCAACACCAACACCACCACCACUCGAGCAGCAGCGGCUCGCAAAAGACCUCGACCAGCGACGCGCCGCCGCUCCGCCGCUCCCCACCGCUCAGAAACUCGCCUACACACGCAGACAUGUACCCUCGGCCGCUGGGCUCGUCGGGCCCGCCGUCCCCCCGCGACCGCGACCGCGACCAUGACCAGACGCGCCCGCAGAGGUGACUCGCAGCGACGGGACGGGAACGUGAACGCGAACACGCGCCUCACCGCGACAAGGACCGAGAGCGCUCCCGCAGAAUGCACGUCCAGUGGACUGUGCCCGACCGCGAGGCGGACCUUGUUCUCGUCCCGUCGACGCGCUCGCCGUCUGUGGACUCGAGUCUUGUUGAGCGCUGGCCGGGGGAGGGACUGGCUGGCAGGCUUUGAUCCCGUUCUGUCUCGUCGAUGUUGAUGUUAUCACUGCAUUGUACUACACUACACACCACCUUUCACAACAUCAAGGACCCAUACACACAUGCGUCCUACUUGUAUCAUACCGGCGUUUCUCAGGCGGAUAGUUUUUGCUUUACUUUGCGUUUCCUUCAGGGCGGUUUCCCCUUUGCGUCAUUUCAUCGUAAUUGUUUAUUAGUCUGUUCGUCCUGCGAUAUACCACCUGUUGGUUCUUUGGGGUCUUUGUACUGUUUCGUCACGUUCAUGCAUGCGCUUUAUUCAAAUAAU